AUGAGAAGUCAUGCCAAAUAGUUAACGAUUAUAUAAGAAAAUCAUUUCUAAAACCAAAUCUUGGAAAUAACAAAACUAAUACGUAUAAACAGUUUUAAAACUAAAGGUUAGGGAAAGUACAAAACUGGAUUUGCAUUAAUUAACAAGGAAUUUGAGAGAUCAUUGAUUAUGCAAACAGGAUGGCGCAUUCGUAUUCAAUUACUAAGAAGGGGAAUAGUGUGCCUGAUCAAGAUUCUAAAGUAGUAUUCUAGAGAUGGGAACAAAUAAGAAAGUUAAUUGAACUUGGUGAGAAAGUUACAGCAAUUCCUAUUGUUUUAUGUUGAGAUGUUACAAAACUAGGCUCAGGAAUAUAAAAAGUUUUAUUUGAAGGAUAUUCUUUAUAGAUUUUCUUAAAUUUAAAUGCUGACAUUUUAAUUGUCAAAAUAACAUGAAGAUGUUCGAUGUGUACUUUACUGGAAGCCAACUUGUUAUUAUAAGGAUUCUCGAUUCAAUAAAUUAAAAUUUUAGUAUAACCUAAUGGUAGGACAUCUGCAUUUUCAGUUCAAGCUAUUCGAGCCUGCUAUUUCCUAUUAUUAUGAAGCCAUAACUGAAUGUUAAUUUCUUCUGAUGGACAUAAUUAAUCAAGAUUACCACCUUAAAACCUUGGAAGAUGAAUAUUUCAAAGUAAUUUCAUGGAUUGUUCUUACACUCUAUAUUGUUGGUUUUAUUUAUGAAUUGCAAUCAGAUUAUAAUAAAUUAUUAGAAACCUAUAAAAUAGCAUUGUGGUUGUCACAAAUAACAAAUAAUACUGGUUUAUCCACUUUCAUUGAUGAACAAUAUUAUCAAUACUCAAACAAAUACAGAAAAUUCAUGUUGGAAAUCAAGGAAGUCAAUUAAAUCUUGGCUCCAAUAUUUCCCCAAUCCAAUCAUUAAAAUACUGAAGACACAAGCAAUGAUUAUUGGACCAAAAUAAACGAUGGGUUUUAUAGAAAAUACAAUAAGGAGAUCAAUGUAAACUUAUAUUCCAUCUUACAACAACCUGAAGAUUCUGUUUAUAAUAAAAAAUUGUUCAGAUUAACUGAAUAAGAAACCACAAUCUAGUCCAAUAUUCACACUCCUCGUUAAUACGAGAAAUGUAGAACAUUCAAUUCACUGGAUGAUGUAAAGAUCAGUAAACAGACUACUAAUAACCCUUCACCUCAACACUCUCACAGAACUCCCAUUAUAACACAUUAGAAAAGUAAAUCUUUUAAGUUCACAUCCGACAUUGAUUAAAUUCUUAAGAGAUUGCCGCAAAGGGAAAUUGAAACUUUUUCUUCCCUGAAGGCAAAAAAAGAAUUAGACCUGUAUUACCAAUAAAAAGUUCUCACUUCUUUUGAAAGUGCAAAUUAGAUAAAAUCUUUAAAAUCAGUUAAACAGCAGAUAUCCUCAUAGGAAGAAAUAGAUAAAGUGUGCUAAUCGGAUCUAAUAGUGGGAAAAAAACUAUUAAAAUUUUAGAAGUACACUCAUCAAAGAGUAGCAACUCAUUCGAACAUCAUGAAGAUUAUUUCCGAUAUAUCCAAAGAACAAGAGCAUUUAGAAGGUAUCAAUACAGCUAGAUUGGCAUUAUAAGGAACUUAAGACAUAGAGGAUAAAAUGAGAUUUUAAAUAUAAUAAAUCAUAAAAAAAUAGUCUAUAUUUAAUGAAGGAGAAUUGAUGAAUCUUAAAUCAUUGGUUUCGGAUUAUGAGUAAAAUUUAUCUAAAGCACAUACAAUACACGAGCUACCUAUUGAAUAAUCACAAAUUUCUAAAAGAUUAAGAGAGAAAAAUAACUUAAUUGUUAAAUCAAUUGAUUAAACCAUCAAAAGAAUACCAUUAGAACAAUUGAAAACAAGAAAGUCUUUUUUAUCUCGUGUGUAAGAAAGUAUGCUUAAAAAAUGA